UAUCUGGAGUAGAUGUGGGCCAGAACAUUGGAUGAAGGGCCUGGAUAGCCAUACACACAGGAGCCGUCCAGUAUGCAGGGGGCAGUCAUUGUCCUUGCUCUCCUGGGGGUCACCUCAGGAGGAGAAGCUCUGCACCUGAUCCACCUGCCCGCCACCAGCAACGUGCCAGAGAAUGCUCCACCUGCAACUUUGGUGCAUGAGUUUUCCGUGAAUUUAUCAGUAUCAUUGUCACCUGUGAUGCCAGGAUUUCCCAUGGUGGUCAACCCAAGACCCUUCACUGAAGCCUUCAGGGUGAACAGACUAUCAGGGACCAACUUUGAGGUUGUCACCACUGGGAAGGAGCAACUGGAUUUUGAAACAGGACCAAAAGUAUUUGAUUUGCAGAUUUAUGUUAAAGAUGAUGUUGGUGUCACAGACGUGCAGGUCCUAACUGUUCAGGUGACAGAUGUGAACGAGCCGCCUCAGUUUCAAGGCAACUUGGCACAAGGUUUAAACCUCUGUGUAGUAGAAAGAACAAAUCCUGGAUUCAUUUACCAGGUGGAGGCCUUUGACCCAGAAGACACAAGCCGGAACAUACCCCUCAGCCAUUUCCUCAUCUCCCCCUCAAAGAACUUCAGAAUGUCUGCUAAUGGCACCCUCUUCUCCACCACAGAACUGGACUUUGAAGCAGGACACAAGAGCUUCCAUCUCCUCGUGGGAGUGAGAGACAGCGGGAAUCUCGAAGCCUCCGCAGAGCUCCAGGUGACCAUUGUGAACAUCAACGAUGAGAUCCCACGCUUUAUCAGGCAUCCUGGGCUAAUCCAUCUGACACUGGAGAGAGUGUGCACAUCCCUGUCUGUCUCAGUAGACACUCAAGUCUCCCAUCAGUGCUCUGGGAUCUGCAUUUCCAGAGCUUCAUGUCCAAGGAGAGACUACUCCAUCCCAGAGGAGCUGCGUCCAGGAACCAUUGUGGCGAACAUCACUGCGGAGGAUCCUGAUGACGAGGGCCUUCCUAGCCACCUCCUCUACAGCAUCACGACCAUCAGCAGCUACUUUGUGAUAGACCAGUUGACUGGGACAAUCCAAGUGGCCCAAAGGCUGGAUCGGGAUGCAGGCGAACUGAGACAGAAUCCCAUCGUUUCUCUGGAGGUUCUGGUGAGGGACAGACCCUCGGGGGGUCAGGAGAACCGCAUCCAGAUAACUUUCACUGUGGAAGACAUCAACGACAACCCUGCAACAUGCAGAAAGCUCACCUUCAGCAUCAUGUUGACCGAGAGAGCAGCCAACGGGACGCUGCUUUUGGACCUGAACAAGUUCUGCUUUGAUGAUGACAGCGAAGCUCCAAACAACAAAUUCAACUUCACCACGCCAUCUGGAGUGGGGAGCAGCCGCAGAUUUUCACAGCAUCCAGCUGGCUCUGGGAGAAUUGUGUUAAUUGGUGAUCUAGAUUAUGAAAAUCCAAGCAACCUAGCAGCUGGCAAUAAGUACAGUGUGAUAAUCCAAGUGCAAGAUGUCGCCCCUCCGUACUAUAAAAAUAGCAUCUACGUUUCCAUCCUAACAAGCCCGGAAAAUGAAUUUCCUCUCAUCUUUGAUAGACCAUCAUACAUGUUUGAUGUGUCAGAAACAAGACCAGCUAGAACCCGAGUUGGGCAGGUGCGAGCCACCGACGCAGACUUGCCCCAGCGUAGCGUGGUGUAUUCCAUAUCCAGCGGAGGGGCCAGCCUCCGGUACCCAAACAUCUUUUGGAUUAAUCCCAAGACAGGCGAACUCCAGCUAGUAACUAAAGCAGACCAUGAGACCACUCCCGUCUACAUUCUCACGGUCGAGGCCUCCAAUGGCGAGGACACGAGCUCUGUCACUAUCACUGUAAACAUCAUUGGAGAAAAUGAUGAAAAGCCAAUGUGUACCCCAGAAUUUUACUUCAUGGCUAUCCCAGUGGAUCUGAAAGUUGGCACAAACAUUCAGAAUUUCAAGUUGACAUGUACUGACCUUGAUUCUAGCCCCAGAUCUUUCCGAUACUCCAUUGGCUCAGGCAACAUCAACAGUCAUUUCACCUUCUCCCCCAAUGCUGGCUCCAACGUCACUCGUCUGCUGCUGGCAUCCCACUUCGACUAUGCUGGUGGCCUCGAUAAGAUCUGGGACUUCAAGCUGCUCGUCUACAUCACUGAUGACAACUUGCUGUCUGGCAGGAGAAGUGCCAGGGCUCUUGUUGAAACAGGGACGGUGACACUAAGUGUAAAAGUCACUCCUCACCCGACCUCGAUCGUCACCACAGCUGCCAGGCCCAGGAUCACCUACCAGAUCCUCAGGGAAAACACGUAUUCUCCAUCAGCAUGGUACGUGCCAUUCAUCAUCACUCUGGGCUCCAUGCUGCUUGUGGGUCUUCUGGGGUCCCUGACGGUCCUGCUGGCCAAAACCGUCUACAGACAUUGCUCCUCCAUGACCAGGAAGGACAAGAAACAGUUGACGAAGAAAAGAGACAUGAAGAACGUGACGGGAGAGGCUGCGGUGGAAUCUGUCCAGAUGAAUACCGUCUUUGAUGGAGAAGCCGCAGACCCAGUGACCGGGGAAAUAUAUGAAUUCAACUCAAAAACUGGUGCCAGAAAGUGGAAAGUCCCAUUAACCCAACUGCCCAACUGGCCUGAGCCCAGUCCCCAGCCCAGAGGCACAGCUGCAGAAGGACCACUCACUAAACAUGCAGAAAAAUAACAGGCUCCCGACUACCUGGGCGCAUCUGCUGGAGUGCUGACGUUUGAGUGCCAGCUGCCCGUGUGUCCUCUGCAGCGGCGGCCAGGAAGCCCUCUCAGAGUAGCCUUCCACUUUGUCUCCCUAAUACACCUGUCCUUGUGUUCACUUUUAAAUACAGCUCAACACUGUA